AUGUCGACGCUCGCCGCCCAGCGCGGCAGCGCCCCCCUACGCGGCCUCGCCUCGUCUCUCAGCUCCCUGUCCCUCCAAACACCCAGCGGCCGUGCCUUCUCGACGACGCCGGCGGCGCUGACAAAAACCAUCGCCCUCCACCGCAUCCCCGCCUUCCCCAUCCCCGACUACCCCCUGGGGCCGCGCCUCAUCUACAAGCAGUCCAACGGCGGGCUCUCCGCGACGACCCGCAUCCGCCGCGGCAACAACAUCUCGUCCGACCACAAGGUCAAGACGCCGCGGGCCUGGCGGCCCAACAUCCACCGCAAGCGCCUCUGGUCGGCGGCCCUCGGCGUCUGGGUGCGGGCCCGGCUCUCGCUGCGCGUGCUGCGCACCAUCCGCAAGGAGGGCGGCCUCGACGCCUACGUGCUCAAGUCCAAGGCCGCGCGCGUCCGCGACCUGGGCCCCGGCGGCUGGAAGCUGCGCUGGCUCGUCAUGCGGACGGCCGCCGUGCGGGCGCGCUUCGCCGACGAGCGCGCCCGCCUCGGCGUCGUGCGGCCCGCCGGCGUCGAGGACGAGGACAACACGGACCUCGUCCACGUGCUCGUCGACGGCGCCACGCCCGGCCCCCUGAGCGCCGUCAGCAGGGCCAUCAUCGCGCGCCGCGCCGAGGCCGUCGCCGCCGACAGGAUGGCCUGGGACGUGGCCGCGCUGCAGGCCCAGGGCCAGGAGUUUGCCCUCGGCGAGGAGGCCGAGCUGGCGGGUGACGAGGACGUCAGGGGCGCGGGCGAGCAGGUCGGCGGCACCGUGGAGGAGCUCGACGCUGCGAUCGAGGCGAUGGAGAAGGACGAGGCCAAGAGGUCAUGA